GGGAGGUGGGGAGAUCCGGCUAGAGGGGAGGCUCCAACGUCUCCUUCCUUCCUGGUUCCUGCAGCAGCUGCUGCCACUGCUCAGCUCAGCUCGGAGAGGAGAGAGCAGGCGACUUAGAGACGGUGACUCAGAGACGGAGCAGCGCGCGGGCCAAGGAACACUGGCGUCCAUGGACCCUGGGGGCCUCAUCAGGACAAGGUGACAUCCUUCCCCUUCUACCCUGCUCUACGUCCUCAGCGGGGAGUGGCCGCUGCCUUCUCCAUGGACUUCCAAGAGAGGGUCCCUCCCUCCCUGGCCGUGAGCACUCAGUCUGCAAAGCCUGGCAGUGUCCAGCAGGUCUCUGAGCUGUGGGAGGUUGUGGAGGAGCCUCGGGGCCGGCUAGGGGCAGAGGGUAUCAUGCCCGAGAGGCAGGAAGGCCACCUGCUCAAGAAGAGGAAGUGGCCUCUGAAGGGCUGGCACAAGAGAUACUUUGUGCUCGAGGAUGGGAUCCUUCACUAUGCGACAACUCGGCAAGAUAUCACCAAGGGGAAGCUUCAUGGCUCCAUUGAUGUCCGACUGUCUGUCAUGUCCAUCAACAAAAAGGCCCAGCGCAUUGACCUUGAUACCGAGGACAACAUCUACCACCUCAAGAUCAAAUCCCAGGACCUGUUCCAGAGCUGGGUGGCCCAGCUGCGUGCCCACCGCCUGGCCCAGCGCCUGGACAUGCCCCGAGGCUCGCUGCCAAGCACCACUCAUCGGAAGGCUCCUGGUGCACAGCUUCCAACAGCCAGUGGUGCCUCGGCUCUACCUGGGGUUGGCUCCCGGGAGAAGGUGUCUUCCUGGCUGAGGGACAAUGAUGGGCUGGACCGCUGCUCUCAUGAGCUCUCUGAGUGUCAGGGGAAGCUCCAGGAACUACACAGACUCCUGCAGAGCCUGGAGUCCCUGCACCGGAUCCCCUCAGCCCCUGUUAUCCCCACACACCAGGCCUCAGUGACAACCGAGAGACCCAAGAAGGGGAAACGGACCAGCCGCAUGUGGUGCACACAGAGCUUUGCCAAGGACGACACCAUUGGACGGGUUGGUCGUCUCCAUGGCUCUGUUCCCAACCUGUCUCGCUACCUGGAGUCCCGGGACCCCUCAGGCUCCCGCGGGCUGCCACCCCCAGACUAUGCCCACCUGCAGCGCAGUUUCUGGGCCCUGGCCCAGAAGGUGCACAGUUCCCUCAGCAGUGUCCUGGCCGCCCUCACUGCUGAACGGGACCGACUGAGGGACCUGCACCAGGGUUCAGAGCUGUCAAGGAUGGGGGUCUCUGAGGCCUCAGCUGGCCCGAGGCGCCUCCACUCACUGUCCAUCUCCUCAGACACCACUGCAGAUUCUUUCAGCUCCCUCAACCCCGAGGAGCAAGAAGCUCUGUACAUGAAGGGGCGGGAGCUGACACCCCAGCUGUCCCAGAGCAGCAUCCUGUCCCUCGCUGAUUCCCACACGGAAUUCUUUGAUGCCUGCGAGGUUCUCCUCUCUGCCAGCUCUUCUGAGAAUGAGGGCUCAGAGGAGGAGGAGUCGUGCACCAGUGAAGUCACCACCAGCCUGUCCGAGGAGGUGCUGGACCUCAGGCUUGCUGAACGCUGUCAGAAAGGGGGGUGUGUUCCAGGGAGAGCUGCAGGGCCACCCCGCCGCCGCUGCCUGCCAGCGGCCAGCGGGCCUGGGGCUGAUGUGAGCCUGUGGAACAUACUGCGUAACAACAUUGGCAAGGACCUGUCAAAGGUGUCGAUGCCUGUGCAGCUCAACGAGCCGCUCAACACCCUGCAGCGGCUCUGCGAGGAGCUCGAGUACAGCAGCCUCCUGGACCAGGCCAGCCGCAUAACCGACCCCUGCGAGCGCAUGGUGUACAUCGCAGCCUUUGCUGUCUCUGCCUACUCCUCCACGUACCACCGGGCGGGCUGCAAGCCCUUCAACCCUGUCCUGGGGGAGACCUAUGAGUGUGAGCGUCCUGACCGGGGCUUCCGCUUCAUCAGUGAGCAGGUCUCCCAUCACCCCCCCAUCUCAGCGUGCCAUGCGGAGUCUGAGAACUUCAUCUUCUGGCAAGACAUGAAGUGGAAGAACAAGUUCUGGGGCAAAUCCCUGGAGAUUGUGCCUGUGGGGACAGUCAAUGUCAGCCUGCCCAGGUUUGGGGACCACUUUGAGUGGAACAAGGUGACGUCCUGUAUUCACAACAUCCUGAGUGGCCAGCGCUGGAUCGAGCAUUAUGGGGAGGUGCUCAUCCGGAACACGCAGGACAGCUCCUGCCACUGCAAGAUCACCUUCUGCAAGGCCAAGUACUGGAGCUCCAACGUGCACGAGGUGCAGGGUGCCGUGUUCAGCCGGAGCGGCCGUGUCCUCCACCGCCUCUUCGGGAAGUGGCACGAGGGGCUAUACCGGGGACCCCCGCCCAGCAGUCAGUGCAUCUGGAAACCCAACUCGAUGCCUCCAGACCACGAGCGGAACUUCGGCUUCACUCAGUUUGCCCUGGAGCUGAAUGAGCUGACGGCAGAGCUGAAACGGUCGCUGCCUUCCACUGACACGCGGCUCCGGCCGGACCAGAGGUACCUGGAAGAGGGGAACAUACAGGCCGCUGAGGCCCAGAAGAGAAGGAUCGAGCAGCUCCAGCGAGACAGGCGCAGAGUGAUGGAGGAGAACAAUAUCAUCCAUCAGGCUCGCUUCUUCAGGCGGCAGACGGACAGCAGCGGGAAGGAGUGGUGGGUGACGAACAACACAUACUGGCGGCUUCGGGCCGAGCCAGGCUACGGGAACCUGGACGGGGCUGUGCUCUGGUAGCCCUGGCCCUGGGGGCAAGAGGCUCUGCUUCCUCCCUCCUGCCUCCACCCCCACCACGGACACAUGGGCAAAGCCAGGCUCCCCGACUCACCGCCCUAGAGACCAAAGGGGCCCCCUGGCUCUGGCCCGUUCCCCUCUGCUGGCCAGAGGGGCUGCAUCUCAGCCCAUCGCCCUCCCUGUAUUUGAGGUGGGAGUCAGGAUUCGUGCUUCCCCAGUUUUGUUGCCCCGGACAACCAGCAUGUAAGACCCUUCUUGCUCUGUCAUCCCCCUCCCUGUCCCCUGGGUACUUGGGGGAGACUCCAGGCUUUCCAGGAUCUGUUCCCAUUUCAGUGCCUUCUAGGACACAGGGGACCCCUUGAUGCCCCCAGGCUUCCUGUGCGCAGGGCUCUGGCCCCAGCUGUGUGGUUGGAGUGAGUGAGGGAGAGGAGGUGGCCUUUUUUUCCACCCUGUCCCUCCGGAGCCCUUCUCCAGCAUCUUCUUCCCUGUGCCCUGGCCCAGUGGGGCGCCCUGUGCUUGGUCUCUGGCAAUCUCUCCCAUCCUCCUGGAUCCCCUCCUCCCAAACCACAAAGCGCCUGCAGCUUCGAGCUCCUUUGUCCCUGGUCCUCAAGUGGUUUCCUUCAGUCUCAACUCAGAGGGUCCCCCCAGAGAAGAUGAGGCCUCUCCAAGAGGCAGGGGACAGACAGAGCCGGCAGGAUGCCCGGCCUCAGACCCACUGGCAGUGCGUGAGCAUGUUGAGAGUGUAAGCUUGUGUUAGAAGAGUGUGGUGUGUGUGUGUGUGUACCCGUGUACUGCUUGCAGGCGAGCAGCAUUCCUAAUGUAGCCUGACGUCUCCCCUGCUGGGUGUCUGCCACCAUUGCUGCUCAUUUUCACAGUCUGCCUCUGAUUAAGGUGAAUCGCUAUGACAUUCCAAGCUCCAAUAAAGACUGUCUUAAACUUUG